GUUUCACGAGCCAAUUAGUUAGAGGGUUUCAUUUUGGUAUAUGUAAAUGGCAAAAGAGAUGAUGAAGGGGAGCUGCAAAAAGGGCGCCCCAUCGCCUUGCGCUGCGUGCAAGCUUCUGCGGCGGCGUUGCACUCAAGACUGCGUUUUUGCUCCUUAUUUCCCAGCGGAUCAACCCCACAAAUUCUCCAGUGUUCACAAGGUGUUUGGAGCUAGCAACGUCACCAAAUUGUUGCAGGAGUUACCCGAGCAACACCGGAGCGACGCAGUGAGUUCGAUGGUGUAUGAAGCGAAUGCGAGGAUUCGAGACCCAAUUUACGGGUGUGUGGGAACAAUAUCGUGCCUACAACGACAAGUAGAUGCGCUACAACAACAAUUGGCGAUGACACAAGCCCAGCUGCUUCAUUUCAAAAUGGCCCAAUUUUCUUUGGCAUCACAACCAUCGUCCACUGAUGAUGUCCUCCCUUCGCCGCCCAAUACCAAUGUGCCCUCAUUCACCUCCUUGUGAUCUUGCUACCCUUUGCUUUUGUUUUGACCCAUUUUUCAUUGUCUCUUACAUUUUGACACCUUAAAAAUUUAGAGUUUUGAUGCUUCCA